UCGUUUAGUCCUAAUAUAGAGAAAGAAAAAAUCGACAUUAUUAAAUGGAAUCCGUCUUAAUUCGGCUUAGUAAUGUUCUUUUUUCUUCAACAAUUUUUACAGUCAGUAGCUUUAAUUCACAACCUCAUUCAGACUUUUACUUCCAUGCAUAAAUAAAGCAGAGCAUUGAUCUUGGUUGUCCAAGAAAAAAAUGGGUUUUUGUUAUCUUAAUUUUCUGCAUUCUCUCUUCCUCACAUCUCUUUUGUUCACUCUCCAUGUUCAUUCAGUGUCUGUAAAUACAUAUAUCGUCCAUAUGGACAAGUCCUUCAUGCCCAAAAUCUUUACUAGUCAUCAUAGCUGGUACUCCUCCACAGUUGAUUCCCUGAAAUCAAGAAAUAUUUCCUCAUCAGACAACCCUCGGUCCUCGCCAUCUCUCGUAUACUCCUAUGAUAGUGGAGCUCAUGGUUUUAGCGCUGUUCUAUCUCCCGAUGAACUAGAAACACUAAAGAAGUCUCCAGGAUUUGUCUCAGCCUAUCCUGACAGGAGUGUCACUCCUGACACAACCCAUACCCCUGAAUUCCUGUCCCUCAACCCUUUCUCCGGGCUAUGGCCUGCUUCAAACUAUGGUGACGGUAUCAUCAUUGGUGUUAUCGACACUGGUGUUUGGCCAGAGAGUGACAGUUACAAAGACGAUGGUAUGACUCCAGUUCCAGCCAGGUGGAAAGGUAAAUGCGAGGAAGGACAGGAAUUCAACUCCACCAUGUGUAACUCUAAGUUAAUUGGAGCUAGGUACUUCAACAAGGGUGUGAUUGCAGCCAAUCCUGGAAUCAAAAUAAGCAUGAAUUCUGCUAGAGACACUAUGGGUCAUGGAACACAUACUUCCUCCACUGCAGGUGGGAACUAUGUCAAAGACGGAGUGUCAUUUUUCGGUUAUGCUAAAGGCACGGCGAGAGGUUUGGCCCCACGCUCCAUGGUGGCCAUGUACAAGGUCCUAUGGGAUGAGGGGCGCUAUUCAGCUGACGUACUUGCUGGUUUGGACGGGGCAAUUGAUGAUGGUGUCGAUGUGAUAUCAAUAUCCAUGGGGUUUGAUGGAGUGCCAUUGUACGAGGAUCCUAUUGCAAUUUCUUCAUUUGCUGCUAUGGAGAAAGGAGUGCUAGUCUCAUCAUCAGCAGGAAAUGCAGGGGAAACUUUAGGGACCUUGCACAAUGGAAUCCCAUGGGUCAUGACUGUUGCAGCGGGCACCAUUGACCGUUCUUUUGCUGGAAUUGUGUCUCUAGGAGAUGGAAAAACGAUCAUCGGAUGGACCUUGUUUCCAGCUAGUGCUUUAGUUAAAGACCUUGCCUUGAUUUACAAUAAAAGUUUAUCAGCAUGCAAUUCAAGCCUAUUGUUAUCUGAAGCCCCCGGUGGGAUCAUCAUAUGUGACAAUACCGGUUUUCUCUCUACUCAAGUAAGGUUUAUUACUGUGUCAAGGGUGCGAGGAGCAAUAUUUAUUUCAGAUGAACCUGAAUUAUACAGUAUGCCCUGUCCUGGUGUUGUGAUUAGCCCAGAGGAUGCACCUGGUCUUGUCAAAUAUGCCACAAGUAGUAAGAAUGCUACUGCUAGCAUUAAGUUUCAACAGACCAUUUUAGGGACAAAGCCUGCACCAGCCGUGGCCUCUUACACUUCAAGAGGUCCUUCACCAAGCUAUCCUGGCAUCUUAAAGCCAGAUAUAAUGGCACCCGGUUCUGUUGUUUUGGCUGCUUAUACUCCAAACAAUGCUGCAUCUAUAAUUGGGAAUUCUAUAUUCUUAUCCAGUAACUUUGCUCUGCUCUCUGGAACAUCUAUGGCUUGUCCGCAUGCUUCGGGUAUAGCCGCACUCUUAAAAGGUGCUCAUCCUCAGUGGAGUGCAGCUGCUAUAAGGUCUGCCUUGGUGACUACUGCGAAUCCAUUAGAUAACACUAUGAAACCAAUCAGGGAUAAUGGUGAUGACAAUUUGUCUUCUGCUUCACCUUUAGCCAUGGGAGCAGGCCAAAUUGAUCCAAAUAGAGCACUUGAUCCAGGUCUGAUCUACGAUGCAACCCCACAGGACUACGUGAAUCUUUUGUGCACAAUGAAUUUCACAGAGAAACAAAUCUUGACCAUCACAAGAUCAAAGAGCUACAACUGCUCGAAUCCAUCUUCUGAUCUUAAUUACCCAUCUUUUAUUGCCUUAUACAAUCCUAAUGUGACGGAAACUAUAGGCAAAAUAUUCCGUAGGACUGUGACAAAUGUCGGAGAAGGGGCUGUAACUUACAAGGUUAAGAUAGUGCAGCCUGCUGGUUCAACUAUUGCUGUUUCGCCAGAGACAUUGGUCUUUGCAAAUACAUAUGAGAAGCAAAGCUUCUGUGUGACUAUAAGUUACAGCAGUAACAAGAAGGGGAAAGUUUCAUUCGGUGAACUUGUUUGGGUUGAAGUAAAUGGAAAACACAAAGUUAGAAGCCCUCUCGUGGUGUCACCUCUUGUGAGUUCCUGAGAUGGUUUAUUAGGGGCUUUAAGGUUAAGAUCUGUGUUCCUGAGAUUAUUUAUUAUGGGCUUUAAGGUUAAGAUCUGUGUUAAGUAUUGAACUAAUUUUCGCAAAUACGAGUACUGAAUAAUAUGCUUUUAACCGUCUAUAUUCAUAUAGUUAGCAUUGCUCUUUGCUUUCUGUGCUGGAAUCAAAAGAUCCAACAUGCAGGUAACAAUUGUUUUCUUCAUCUCCCAUCCCAAACUUCGUUUCUUAUGAUCGAAUUAGAUUAAGGCCAACCAUUCCAAGGAUUCAAUUUGUGUACAAGCCAUUUCUUUUACGACAUCAUCAAUCUUCUAUGCCUUUAGUGACGGUGAUUUCUUGCAAGUUUUGCUGUGGAAGGACCCAUAUGGACAAUGAUUCAAGAAAUUUGACCGGCUGCUGCCAUCAAACGUGGAAGCAAUUUGCCUCUAAAUUGUGGGUUAAUUGAGCUAUUGUCAAAGCUCGACAACCUGUUUUCCCCUUUGUUUUUAAUUGGUUUGGGCCCAUGUUGUAAGUUGUAACGAUCAUGGAUUGAAAAAUAGUAUAGAACUUCCAUCUUGCUUAGUCCACGAGAAACGAUUCCUUGUGAGGAAGUUUCUCCUAGGAAAAGAGACAUGUCCACGCGUGUUAGAUUCAUUUUUUUUUAAUUCCUUGGUUAAAAUCUCUUUCCAGAGUUCACUUACGCUAAGUCAUGUCCUGAGACAUUUAUCAGCAACAAGAGCUUCACCAGUUUCAACUGAAAUAUUUUUGAAGAUCUUUUUCCUCAAGAAAAACAGUCCUGGAGAAAUCUAUCCCCAAUGAUCUGUUUGCUUUCUGAAGCAUACAAAAGGGAUGAAAAGAAUUGACUAAAGCCGAAAAGAAGGAUUUAUAUUCAGCAUAUCAGCCUAUAUUUUUUUUUAAGGCCAAAUCAUGUGCUAUAAUUCUAAUGUUCCCACAAUUUCCAGUC